AUGACAUGUCAUGGUGUUCUCUCCUUCAGCGCUGUCCGAACCAUCUGUGACGUCCUGGAUGUCCACAAGCAGUACUGGAAGAGCCUCAAGUUCAGAGUGAAGAUCCCAACAAUGGCCCAAGUCCUGGACAUGGAACAAAACAGGAAGGCAGAAUCAGGGCCUACUGAGCCCUCUGUUGAUGAGGUCACAGAGAAGAUGAGCAGCACAUCAGUGGAUGAAACACCAGCAGCCAGCACGGAUAAGAAGGAAGAAUCGGCAGCUCCCCUGGUGGUGGUGGUGGUGGUGAAGCAGGAGCAGACGGAGGAGGAACCGGAGCAUCAGAGGAGGAGCUGCUGGGAGCCUGCGGAGGAUCUGAUGCUGCAGUGACCGUCAGCGACCUGCUGAAGCAGCAGAACUUUGAGACUAUGUAUGCAGUUCAGCCCCUAACAUGGUGCCCCCAUCUGGAGACUGUGCAGCCCCUACCAGUCCAUAGCUUGGACACAUCUGACCCCUGUGAUGUGUGUGGAGAC